UAAGUGAAGAAUUAUAUAAAAAUUAAGCUACUGAUUUUAAAUUCACCUUCCAAAAGAACUGAAGGCAUGUAAAAUAAUUUUUGGAAAAUGUACACACAUUUGCUCUCUGCUCCUCAGUGUAGAAGCCUGAGGUUUAAGAACAAAGACUAAUAGGAAACAUAUGGAAAAGAUCAGUAACAAGAUGAAAUCUUGGCCCAAAUACAGUCUGCCAUGUUUUACAUAGCAGUGUCUCAAAUAAUAAAUGAGAUUUUUUCAAUACUGCCAAAGUAUCACUUGAAAUACUGUACACUUUUUAAAAAUCUGAAGUAUAACAAAAUAAGUAGUGCAAAUUCUUUGUAAAAACCUAAUGGAAAACAGUAUUUUGAAGGGAAAGAAAAAGCAAAACGGAUUCCAGGAUUAACUCUACCUUUAGUUUGUAUACGCCUGAAAGAGUAGCCCAAAGAAUGAACUCAAAGUUCACUGCCAAGAGAUACAAGUUAACUCUCUCUUUAAAAUAUGAAAACGUUAGUAUAAAAAUAGAGCAUUUAGGCAGUCAAUUGCUACUCUUCAGGAGAGAAGUUCAGUAAAUCAGAAUAUGUUCUACAUCUGCAAAAUAAAGGCAAUAGUAACUGGUCGGAAGAAGUUCCUAAUUCCAUCUUAUCCAAUACUAUGAAAGUAUUUUUUGUACUAAUAAAAACAGGCAAAUCAGAGCUAUACCUUCUAAAGGCAAAACACUGAAUUCUAUACACCAAGAGAUUAAUUUUUAUUUUGAAAGUUAUUAUUAUAUUUGGGAGGAAGGUGAUAGCUGAUAGAAAAGAUAUAAUUCUUUGUAUGAGAAAGUUAAUAAAUCUAAUUGUGUCACCAGUGACAAUUUCAUUUAAAAAAUUAAUUAGAUGUGAAAUACUGUGUUCCUAACCCUAGUUCAUGUCUUGAUGAAAGGAAACACUGGCAUGAACACAGGGAAUCAGACAAGCAAGGUCUCCAGAUGAUUCCUAGUUCCACCUUAAAUUGCUGAGACACUGUGCUCUGUGUCACAAUGGACCUUAAUUUGAAGAAUUCCUUGGCAUGAAAAUGAAAAUAAAAACAGUAAUCAGUACAUGCUGUUUCAUUUAGCUCUGUCUGCCUUUCAUAUUAGAGGAAAUUCUUGCCACACCUCAAACUGAACUUAAGGGGAAAGAAAGAAGUAAGCCACGUAUAUCUGACCAAGAACACAAGCAUCUUAUUCUGAACCCACAAAGUUUGGGAUAAUGAGAGGAAGCACAUCAUUUUAAUUCAGCCCAAGUGUUCCCAGGCCGAGUAUAUAUUUCCUAAAACUGCUGCAGUGAUGCAAAGGACAGCCCCAUUUGAGCACAGUUACUCUGGAUUUUUAAGAGACUGAGUUAGAGAAAAGUUAGAAAUUUCUGAUUCACUUACAGGAUUCGCAAAUUCAUCACCCCUGAAAACUAAAGCAAACUCAACAGGACGAGAGACUAUGGGCUGUCUAGGUCCAGUGUGUGUCCUUGUCUUCCUUCUGGGAGGCAGAGCGUAUUGCCAAUAUGAAAGCUAUCGAUGGGAGGAAGACUAUGACCAAGCACCAGAGGAUGAUUACCAACCAGAAUUCCGUCUUCAUCAACAUGUGGACUAUGGAGUGCCUUUUCAUCAGCAUACUUUAGGCUGUGCCAGUGAAUGCUUCUGUCCACCUAACUUUCCGUCAUCAAUGUACUGUGAUCAUCGUAAACUCCAGAGGAUCCCAAAUAUUCCGGCACACAUUCAGCAAGUCUAUCUUCAGUUCAAUGAAAUUGAGGCUGUGACUGCAGAUUCAUUCAUCAAUGCAACUCAUCUUAAAGAAAUCAAUCUGAGCAACAACAAAAUUAAAUCUCAAAAAAUUGAUCACGGAGCGUUUGCUAAGUUGUCAAAUCUACUACAACUUCACCUACAGCAUAACAAUUUAGAAGAAUUUCCAUUUCCUCUUCCCAGGUCUUUGGAAAGACUUCUUCUUGGUUACAACAAGAUCUCCAGACUGCAGACAAAUGCCAUGGAUGGACUAGUAAACUUGACCAUGCUUGAUCUCUGUUAUAAUCAUCUUGGCGAUUCUGUGCUACGAGAAAAAAGCCUUGCCAAAAUGGAAAAGUUAAUGCAGCUCAGCCUGUGCCAUAACAGAUUAGAAUCGAUGCCCCCGGGCCUGCCGCCUUCGCUCAUGUACCUGUCUUUAGAAAGCAAUUCCAUUUCUUCUAUACCAGAAAGUUACUUCAGCGGGCUUCCAAAACUGCAUGUUUUAAGGAUGUCUCACAACAAGCUACAAGACAUUCCAUAUAAUAUUUUUAAUCUUUCCAGCCUUAUAGAGCUCAAUGUGGGACACAAUAAACUGAAGCAAGCAUUCUAUAUUCCAAGAAACUUAGAACACCUGUACCUAGAAAGUAACGAAAUUGAAAAUAUCAAUGUUACAGUGAUGUGUCCAUCUGUUGACCCACUAUUUUACCACCAUUUAACAUACAUUCGUGUGGACCAAAAUAAACUAAAAGAGCCAAUAAGCUCAUACAUUUUCCUCUGCUUCCCUCAUAUACACAGUAUUUAUUAUGGUGAACAAAGAAGCAUUAAUGGUCAAACAAUACAACUGAAGACCCAAGUUUUAGGGAGAUUUCAAGAUGAUGCUGAUAGUGAAGAUCAUGAUGAUCAUCUUGAAGGCUCAGAAGAAGAAGGAACAGAAGAAAACGCUGACCCUCACUAUUAUGGAAGUCAGGAAUGGCAAGAAACUAUAUAGGUAUACAUUUAUGACUUCACAAAACUUAGAGCUCACAAUAAUAUACAAAGAAUUAUGUGUUAGUAUAAGAUCAAAUACUUGAAUCUAAGGUGUUGCUAACGUCUUCACCAUUACAUAGGAUCAGAACUUACUCAAAAUGAUACAUCUUUAGAAAUAUAAAUUAGAAUGACAAGUGGAAAUCAAAAACUAAACUUUAAACAUAAAAAUGUUAUCAUGUUGAGAAAAAGUAAGUAUGCCAUUUCUAUUAACAGUAAUUAUU